CACAAAUAGCACAAAUAGUUUGUAUAUGCUUUGUAAAUGUUUGCCUAUUCUGCCCAAGUUUGUUAAUGUCUGUCGUUAUAUAUGGCUCAGUAAGUGUCGUUUAACUUGUGCUGUUUUUGUGCGCUGUUGUCAUGCAUGCUGGGAUUUUUCCUUAUUAAGGCGGGGCUUUGCCGAUCUCAUAUCUAAGAGUUGUCAGAUACGAACUGGGUAGUGUCGGGACUGCACAGUGGACCCAGCGCUCAGGCGGCAAAGUAACCCGAUCCUCCUGUAGUAAUUGCAUGCAGCUGGUUCCAAAAACGUCUUUUCCACAUUGUCUCAGCUACCUUUUUGGUCUGGGUCUUGCGAGGGCUCUUGCGGAUUUCCAAGGGAGUGCGUAAUUUACGUUUAGGAAGAGAAGAAGAUGUGGAAAUGUGGAGACAUGUGGUGCGCGUGGCGAGCCAGAGCUGGAACAUGGGUUUGAGAAGAGCAGAACAGCACCAGUUUUACAUGGAGUUAACACCAUUGCUUUUUUAUUUAGGCGCCAUGGUUUUGAGACAAGCCAAGUGUAACUCAGCUUGCAGUUCGGAGACUGUAGCUUUGGUCCAGAUGUUCCUGGAAAAUAUCUCCAAACUGGAAUUAUACGAUUCCAAGCUAUACACACCAACGCUAAGCAAUUAUGGGAGGCUUCAAGGUGUUGUAUUCUCACUCCAGCAGAACUGUUCCAGAUCCACACUGAAGUGCUUUCAAAAGGAGAUGACUGUUCUUGUUCGAGAGACUGAGCAAACAUCGCCUUUACCCAGAAGGCUCGAUAGUCUCACACGACAGCUUAGUGACAAGAUGCAUCCUUGCCCAGAGUGUGAGGUCUAUAAAGAAGAAAAAGCCGAACAAUUUCUCAAAACUUUGCAUAAAAUUUUGCAAAUUAUGUGUUCAAUCAAUAACACUAUGACAAAAUCUGAAUCUAACAGAUGAGUGCUUUGAACAAGCUGGGUACAAACCAAAACAAAACAUAUUCCUGAGUGGAACCCCAUGUGGUGUUGUAGCCCAUCUGCCUCAAGGAUCGAAAUUCUGUGUGUUCUGAAAUGCUUUUCUUUUGAGUCACCAUAUUGAGUUAUCUGAGUCACAAUAGUGAUCUUGUCAGCUCGAGUCAGUCUGGCCAGCUUCCUCUGACCUCCAUCCGCAGAACUCCAACUUACUGGAUGUUCCUUGUUUUUACACCAUUUUGUAUAAAACAAAGACUGUUGUGUUUGAAACUCCAAGGAGAUCAGGAGUUUCUGAAAUACUCAAACUGGCCUGUCUGGUACCAACAACUAUGGCACGGUCAAAAUCACUGGCAGCACAAAUUUCCCCAUUGAACAUUUACUGAAGCUUUUGACUUGUAUCUGCAUUAUUUUAUUCACUGUGCUACUGCCACAUGAUUAGCUGAUAGGAUAAUUGCAUGAAUGUACAGGUAUUCCUAUUAAAGUGACCAGUGAGUGUAUAUUUUAUUUCAUAUUUGCACAGUUUUGUUUUAUAUUUCAUUAACUUAAAGGGUAUAGGCUUCACAUAUAAUUGUUGCAUUUGGUUUGACAGGAAACUACCUCUGGGAAAUACAAACACAAAUUUAUCACAUUUCAAUAUUUUUAAAAAGGGUUUUAGGAAGGAUAUUCAGGAAUUGCAAGCAACAGCCAAGGCUGAAAAAUAUUUGUCUGUUAUGUUAUUGUUUUGGCUUUUCAAACACUUUGCAGUGUUUCUGACUGUUUUACCUGUUGAUCAAGUUUAAUUGUUUCACUACAUUUAAGAUUUUUUGACUCAUCUAGUCUAACUAACCUAACAUUUAUGUCAUUAACAGUUUGUUGCACAAUACUUACAGUAAAAGCAAUAUAUUCUUGUGAUAUUUAUUUGCUGUGUGUUAUGUAAAUGAUUAAGUUUUUGUUUUGUGUUAUAAAUAAAUGUUGCCUUGUCAUUUAGCAAGUUUUUGUGAAAAUGUCUUCAUCUGGGACUUACAUUUUUGCAUGAUUUAUGUAUCCUGUGCUAAUAUAAAUUCUGAAAUAUAAACAACUGUGAGCUUCGGAAAGUUCACACAGCUCAACAGUGUGAACAGAUGUGAUAAGAGCAUCCAAUCUGCAAGGACAUAAGGGCAUCCUGGAAAAUAAGUGACCCGCCACAGCACUGUUGAUAAACCUAAGAGAGUGUGUGUAAGCUAUUUUUUAUCAAUGCGUCAAUAGAGAGAAAUUGGGAUGGAGAUAACACAGACCCGAGUUCCUGUGCUAAACAAUGGGAUCUGACUGCCUGUAUUAUUAUUUAAAAAAUUUUUUUUACAUUGAACACUCUUUACGUGUAAAUUCCACUUUCAAAGUACCAGGUGUACCUUCUGUUGUGGGAUAGAUUUACAGUUGAGUAAAAUAGAUUUACAGUUGAGUAAAAGUCUAUAAAGAGAAUGCUGAAGCCUGUCUACCAGUUUGACCAGUUCAGCCUGUGUUGUGGAAGCUGAUUAGACGAAGCUGGAUUUUCAGCAAGCUUCAGAAAUGCCAAAUGUUGCAUAAUGUAAUUAGAGUGUCCUUAAUGGUAUUGUUUCAGAUCUGUUGUCUCUGUACGAGACCCAUAUGGUGACUGGCUGACAAUUUGUUUGAAGGAAGAACUGAGGUUUUUGAAAGAUUUUUUUUUAAGUAAAAUACCAG